GACACUCCUCUUAUAGGCUUGCGACUGACACAUCCCCUUCAGAGAUUUAGCACUGACUGAGUCCCAAGGACCUGGAGGAAGAAACGCCUGACACACCAUUCUCAACCAUCUCCUCAACCUCUUUGGAGUUAUAGCUAUGUUUGCCUCAGCAACAGAAAACUUUGUGAAGAACGUGGGUUCUGACGGCAACCUGAUACCUGUGUCCUCCCUGAACAACUGUGGCAAGUUGAACCCUCUCUCACUGGUUCUCAAACAAUCCCUGUUCUUCUGGAGAACAAAAUACACGCCUACUAAGUUCACCCUCGAUGAUGUGCUUACCAAAAAUCCACCCUUAAACCCAGCUGUCAAGGAGUCUGACUUUGUGGGCUACGGUGGGACAUUUGGUGACAGCCAAGAUGCCAGCGUAGAUGUGGAGACAAAAUUGGCAGCAUAUGCAGUGGAUUUAAACUUUAACAUGGGGGCAAAACACGCCUCCACACUCAAGUCGUCCCUUGGCAAACUGAAGAAAGAAGAGGUUGACGUUAAGUGGUUACAAAACAUCUCAAAAGACAAGCUUCUGGACAUGUCCCUCUCUCUGAUCAAGGAGGCCCGUAAUAAUAGUUCUGUUUUUGGGGUGGUGAUGGAGAGGAUUGUGACGAGUGAGCCUUGCUCGAUAAGAGAAAAAAAUCAUCAGGCUGGAAACUUUGGUGCUGGAGGGAAUGUCACUGGAGUCCCGGUGUCUGUAAAGGGGAAAGUAGGGGUACAUGGAGUCAAAGAUGUGUUCCUGGAGAUUCCUAAAAACACUGUCAUUGCCUACAGCAUUGAGGAGAUCAAGGUCAAACGCGAUGGACACUUUGAGGUGUGCUCCUCUGGAAAGGGUGGGUUUGAAAAGGCCUGGUUUAGAUCAAUCAAAAUGUCCGCGGUCGUGUCGCUCCAAAAGGAAAGCAUUCUUCAUCAAGGUAAUGACACCACUGGACGGACAGAGCAGCUAUGUUUCUCCUUCCUCAUUUUCCUUACAGUUGGAGUAUAAAUGCAUCUGGUGAUUUGAUUGAUGUGGUAAUUGUUUGUAUCCUGUAAGUUUAGUGAUGCUGUAGUGAAUGGACUACGGGAUGUUGGUAUUUGGGUGAAGCAGAAGCCCUGAAUGCCAAUCCUUUAGUUACAAUUGCAGCAACUUUGUUGUAACUUUUUAAGUAAUUCAUAGAAAAUAACAUACUUUGAAAAAGUGGCAGUUGAGUCCUCUGAUUCUCUCAAUCUGAAUACAAACUUUGUGUUGUUUACCACUGGGCACAGAUGUCAGUCAGUUCAACGUCUAGUUUUGAAUUACAUUUGAUUGAGGUUGUAAACUAACGUGAAUUCAACAAACACAUUCACKAUGUCUUUGGAUUUAGGUCAAAAGUAGGUUGAAAAAAAUACUACAUUCUAUUACGUUGAUGAUUUUUCCACUUUAUUCAACAUCAUCACAUGUACAUU